AACAAACUGCGCAGACGCGUUAUGUACAGUCAGAUAGCGCACUAGGAAGAAAUUCACCCACCGCUGUCGAGUCCAGCACAUUUUCUUUGGGAUAUACCUAGCGCAGAGGCUUUCGACGAGCUUUUUUUUUUUUUUUCCCCCGACGGGGCGAACAUGGCGACGCUGGGACCGGAGCCCCGUCCUCAUUCCCAGCUGCCCUCUGCCGCAUUACAGACGAACCUGAGCGGACUGGGCUCCAGCACGAACCUGCCUCUCAACCGGGGCUUGGAAAGAGCUCUGGAGGAUGCGGCGAACUCCGGAUUUCUGAAUCUCAGCGCAAGAAAACUGAAAGAAUUUCCCCGGACAGCGUCUAAUUACGACCUAACGGACACGGUUGAAGCAGAUCUGUCGAAGAAUCGCUUGAUGGACAUCCCGUCAGAGGUGUGUCAUCUGGUCUCUCUGGAAAUGCUGAACCUUUAUCACAACUGCAUCAAAAGCAUUCCUGAUACCAUCAUCAGCCUUCAGUCCCUGACCUGCUUAAACAUCAGCCGGAACCAGCUGUCAGUGCUGCCAGCGUGUGUGUGUGGUCUUCCUCUGCGAGUGCUCAACGCCAGCAAUAACAAACUCAACGCACUUCCAGAAAGCAUUGGCCAGCUCACCAAUCUCAUGGAGCUGGAUGUAAGCUGUAAUGAAAUCACAGCUCUUCCACGCCACACUGGCCAACUCAAAGCUCUGAGGGAACUCAAUGUGCACCGAAACCUUCUCUGUGUCCUUCCAGAGGAUUUGGCAGAUUUACCCCUGGUCAAGUUUGAUUUCUCCUGUAAUAAGGUUUCUACUAUUCCUGUCUGUUAUCGAAAAAUGACCCAGCUCCAAUCACUACAGCUGGAGAACAAUCCACUUCAGAGUCCUCCUGCACAGAUAUGCAUGAAGGGCAAGAUUCAUAUAUUUAAAUACCUCACCAUGGAGGCAUGUCGUAGUGACAAGAUGGUGGAUGCCCUGUACCUUCCUGUCACAGACCGCCUCAGCUUGACACGGCCCACGAAUGGGAGCACUGAGGACAUUGAUCAGCACAAAAAACUUGACAGUGACUCUGGGGUGGGCAGUGACAAUGGAGACAAACGCCUUUCUGCUACAGAGCCAUCAGAUGAAGACAGUCUCAGCUUGAAUGUGCCCAUGACCAACAUCACAGAGGAGGAGGGCUUGAGCAAAGACGACUCCAGUGAACACAUCAGCGCUCUGACAGGAGACAGAAGUUCAUCGGAAUCUCUCAAGGAGCAUCUAAGCUAUCGAGACUCUACCCUCAGCUCACCAUUCGUCAACUAUAUCAAAGGUCGAGGUGCGGAUUUCGAUGAGCCCCUCAGGAUAGAGGAAGACAGCAACUGGACUUCAGAACAAACGUCAAAGGUUAACAUGAUCAAUCAGUUAAAGGAAGCAGUGGAGAUGCUACAGGAUCCUAACAGGGUUAACAUGAACUCAGCUGAUCUCUCUGGUAUUAAGCUCUACCCUGUGGAAAUGGCUACAGUAGAUGAGUCGCUCAAUGGCCAAGAGAGUGACGAGGGUCAGGCGACACCUAAGGCGGCUCCUGGAGAAUGCUGGGAGUUCCAGAGGAAGAGACAGUACAUUCUAGAACGGGCCCGGCUCGAGGCCCAGCUCGCAUGUCAACAGUAUGCCCUGCACAUGGCACAACAGGGUGACGUGAUUGGCCAGGAAGGAUCAGGUGAUAUUUGUGAGAACCAAGUUACCAAGGGUGACGUGAUUGGCCAGGAAGGAUCAGGUGAUAUUUGUGAGAACCAAGUUACCAAGAGUGAAGACAAAAACCCAGUUUCCAGCCCCACACUGAGCUCCCCUCCCUUUGGUCUGAAGCCCAGAUCAGCUUCACCCUCUGUGCCGUGCUCGACUCCGCCCUGUCCCCUCCCCCUUACACAGGCCCUGCCCACUGGUAGAGACACGCCCCCUAGCCCAGCUGAAGGAGACAUGCCAAGCAGUGUGUUUUUCAGGACGCACAAGACUCUGGAAUCAGUGGAUCCUCAGUUCACCAUGAGGAGAAAGAUGGAACAGCUCAGAGAGGAGCUGGAGCUCAUAGAGCAACUACGAGAGAGUAUUGAGAGCAGACUGAAAGUAGUUCUUCCUGAAGAUCUGGGCUCUUCUCUCAUGGAUGGGGUCGUGCUUUGUCACCUAGUCAAUCACAUCCGGCCGCGUUCAGUGGCCAGUAUCCAUGUACCAUCCCCUGCAGUGCCCAAGCUUAGCAUGGCUAAAUGUCGCAGAAAUGUUGAAAACUUUUUGGAUGCCUGCAGGAAAAUGGGAGUCCCUGAGGAUAAGUUAUGUCUGCCACAUCAUAUUCUGGAGGAGAAAGGCCUGAUUAAAGUUGGCAUCACUGUCCAAGCUUUGCUGGAUGAGACUUCGGCCAGUGAGACACUCAUCACAUGAGUCGCACAAACACAAGCAGGUCUCACACACACACACACACACACACACACACACACACACACACACACACACACUAAUACCGCCAGACGAUCUUCGAGAAAUUCCCUGGACCAUGUCCAUUUUUUUCUAAUAGAACAGGUGAUCCUCAGCUUGCAGGUAUAUGCUUGUGUUUUCCUCACUUUCUUUACUUUAUUAUUUAGUACUGUUAUCUGAUCACUGUUGCCCGGGCCAUAGUCGUAUAAGCAAAAUGAGCUCAGAACUAGCUUGAGAUAAGAAAUUGCUUUAUUUAAAAUACAUUUAUUUAUUAAACGGUUAGUUGAGCGAAAUACAGAAUUGUGCACAAUUCCUGAUGUUUUUUAUAUAUACAUCUAACUAUAUGAUAUUUGUGUUGGGCCUUUAGUGAUCUAGAUUUAAAACACUCAUCCUCCCAGAGUCCUUCGAGUAUGUUUUUGUAACCACUUUUGAACUUGUUUUUGGGAGACGCUGAUGUUUUGUCUCAGGGGAGGUGUGGCCUCACUGUAGUUUCUUACAGUCUCUGCUCUGCUCACCUGUCAGUCAGGUAUGAUUUCACUAAAAGAGUAUGUCUGAGUGUGUGGACACUAGAAAACAACAUACCUGACAUUGGUUUUUAUUUUUUUUAUGUGUGAUUGAUAGCUUGAGGAGAGUAUUUCUUUUGUGAGAGAGAACGAGAGCACAUGUCGGCACUUUUUGUAUGUAAGUUUGUGUGUUAGACGACUUUUUUUAUUAUUAUUAUUUUACUUGUGCGCAUUUGUCUGAUGUCCAAAGCUUCAGCUCCUCACAAAUUCAGCCAUGAAACAGACCAAAACUUCUGAAGCUGAUGUCUCACUGGAGAUUAUUUGACAGUUGCCAAAAUUAUUUUCAUAUAUCAAACUGAUUUACAAACAUAAUAAUUUUAUAGUUUUUUUUUUUUUUAUGUAUUUUUAGAACAGAGUUUUGUUUUUGUAGAAGGAUUUGUUAUGUGAUAUUGGUGUGUGAACGUGUAAAAUGUACAGAACAUUUAUAUUUGAUGUGCUUAUUUUAAUGUGUUUGAAUUGGUGUUUAUUUUACAAAAGAGCUAAAGCACAAUCGAUUUUAUUAAUGUGAACUGACCAUGGAAAAACAACUUCUAUUAUCUUCUAAGUUCUUAUAUGAAAGCAGUUAUAACACUUCCAUAUGGAAUUUCAGAAAGACUCUUGGCUAUAGUUAGUUAUUCAUGACAAUAAUUUACAUGCAUUCAGUACAAAUACAUUUACUAAGGAUUAUCUCUGUACUGUAAUUGCCAAAAAAAAAAAAAACA